UGUACUUAGAGAUUGAUUUUUUUCUUCAAUCUAUGUCUUGUAGCUCACUGAAUACCAGAGUCUAGUAUCCACAUUAGUUCUAGGUAUAAAUAACAUACAGUUUAUCCUUGGUGAAGCAACAUUUUAAUUGCUAUAAAUGUGAAGCUGAAGUCGGAGUAGCGAAAGCUCCUCGUUGUUGCAAGUUGCUUCCUUGACGGUGACACUGAAGAGCAUGUCGCGGCGUUGCUGUCCACGCGGCGAGGCCCCGCCUUGGCAACGGAUGUUUUUGCAAGUAGUGCUAAUCGCGAUCCCGGCCUUCUCCAGAAGUAGGAGAGAUCCUCGUGCCCGAAACCCUUUUCUCGAGCUGGCCUCCUCGGAGCCGGUCCGCGUCAAUUCCACUGUCUCACCAUCAGUUGAACCUCAACCUACGCCUUCCUCUGACUCCGCCUACAAAGCGACGGCAGACCCUGCCCCUUCGGACAAAGUAACGGACGACUCUGCUUCUUCGGACGCGACGAAAGUAGAUCCAACGUCGUUUCUCGAUUUGAACAAA